CGCAAAUUGUUUUCAUCAGUUAUUAUGUUAUUUACUUCUUCUUCUUAGUAGUGUUAUCUGUUUAUUAAAAAACCCUAAUAGUUCGUGAUUGUGUAAACAGAGAAAGCAAAAAGCACAAGAAAAAUUUUUUUAAUUUAUUGCUCUGAAGAAAAUGAGUAAAGCGUGUAAUAUUAUGCGUUUGGCUUUGUUGCAACUUAAGGGCAGUAAAGACAAAUUGGCCAAUUUAGAAAACGCUUGCAAUAAAAUACAAGAAGUUGUUCAAGAACAUGGACCACGUCUUAUAACAUUGCCUGAAUGUUUCAACAGUCCGUACGGUACAAAAUAUUUCCGUGAAUAUGCUGAGCGUAUACCUACGGGGACAACGUCGCAACAGCUUUCCGAUUUAGCCAAAAAAUGUAAUGUUUACAUUAUAGGUGGUUCGAUACCAGAACUAGGAGAAAAUGAUAAUGUUUACAAUACCUGCACUGUUUGGUCGCCGCAAGGACAAUUAAUUGCCAAACAUCGUAAAAUGCAUUUAUUCGAUAUCGACGUUAACGGUGGUAUGCGUUUUAAAGAGUCCGAUACGUUAACAGCCGGCAAUGAUUUUACUAUAAUUGAGAUAGAUGGCCAUAAAAUUGGUAUAGGCAUUUGUUAUGAUAUACGUUUUGAGGAAAUGGCACGUAUUUAUCGAAACGCUGGUUGUGAAAUGCUUAUAUAUCCGGCUGCAUUUAAUAUGACUACGGGGCCCUUACAUUGGGAAUUAUUGCAACGUUCUCGGGCGAAUGAUAAUCAGUUAUUUGUGGCGACUGUAUCACCUGCGCGAGAUGAAACUGCCGAAUAUGUUGCUUAUGGUCAUUCAAUGGUCAUCGAUCCUUGGGCUAAAAUCAUGAAAAGCGCCAAGGAAGGUGAAGAGACAAUUAUAGCAGAUAUUGACUUCUCUAUGGUAGAACAAGUGCGCCAACAAAUCCCAACCUCUUGUCAAAGACGUCGCGAUUUAUAUGAAACAUCCAAAAAGUGUUGAAAAGGCUCUACAGUUGAUUACUUUAAUAUUUUAAAAUUGAAAAUAAAUUAAAACGUAUUUAUUAAUGUUUAUAACAAUUUUUAAUUUUUUAAUUUAAUCUUUUUUCUUUUAUAUUAAGCACCUUUAAUGGAGAU